CGGGCUGGCUCGGCCCUCAGCUCCCGGCUGUCUGCCGCCGCUGGCCUGUCCAAAAUGGAGGGCUCUCCACCGGCACCGUUUGCCCUCCGGCUGCUCCUGCUCGCGGCGCUGCCGGCCGCCGGGUGGCUGAUGACGGUUACCAAUGAGCUGCCAUUGCCGCCCCAAGCCCCGAAGGACAGCAUCAGAAUUAAUGUAACUACCCUGAAAGGUGUUGGGGAAGUAUCUAAAGAACAGGUUGUUCUUAACAUAACCUAUGAGAGUGGACAGGUAUAUGUAAAUGACUUCCCUGUAAAUAGUGGUGUAACCCGAAUAAGCUGUCAGACUUUGAUAGUGAAGAAUGAAAAUCUGGAAAAUGUGGAGGAAAAAGAAUAUUUUGGAAUUGUCAGUGUAAGGAUUUUAGUUCAUGAGUGGCCUAUGACAUCUGGUUCCAGUUUGCAACUAAUUGUCAUUCAAGAAGAGGUAGUAGAGAUUGAUGGAAAACAGGCUCAACAAAAGGAUGUCACUGAAAUUGAUAUUUUAGUUAAGAACGAGGGAAUACUCAGACAUUCAAACUAUACCCUACCUUUGGAGGAAAGCAUGCUGUAUUCUAUUUCCCGAGACAGUGACAUUUUUUUUACCCUUCCCAACCUCUCCAAAAAAGUAGAAAGUGUCAGCUCACUGCAGACCACCAGCCAGUAUCUUAUCAGGAAUGUGGAAACCACCGUAGAUGAAGACGCUUUACCUGGCAAACUGCCUGAGACUCCUCUCAGAGCAGAGCCUCCAUCUUCCUAUAAGGUGAUGUGUCAGUGGAUGGAAAAAUUCAGAAAAGAUCUGUGUCGGUUCUGGAGCAGUGUUUUUCCAGUAUUCUUUAUGUUUCUCAACGUCAUGGUGGUUGGAAUUAUGGGAGCAGCUAUGGCAAUAACCAUCUUAAAGGUGCUCUUCCCAGUUUGUGAAUACAAAGGAAUUCUUCAAUUGGAUAAAGUAAGUGUUAUACCUGUCACAGCUAUCAACUUAUUUCCGGAUAAUCCUGAGAAAAGAGCAGAAAACCUUGAAGAUAAAGCAUGUGUUUAAAACACCAUCUCAAAUCAUGGACUCUGAAUUAGUCUUUUGGCUCUAAAUUUGCCACUUGAAUAGAAUUUUCUUUAAAUCGCUAAGAAUCUGUUUAUACACUAGGGAAAUUGCUGAACUCCUAAAACUGCCUAAAACUUGACCUUGAAGUGACAGGUUAAAGUUCACCUUAUUCUAUAACAGGGCUGGCUAUUCAGAUGAUGAAUUAAGGGAAAUUUAAAUGAAGUAGAAGAGAAGAUGUGAAGAAACUUCAAAAUUACCAAAAAAAAAAAAAAAAGGGCAGGACAAAAUGCCACGUGCCAAUAUUUUUCAAGGUGCCUUUGUAAGGGAAAUUCUGUCCACUUAAUUACUAUAAUAUAUGAGACUUUAUGAAAAGCACUUUAUGAAAUUCUAAUUUAAAAGCUCAAGAAUUUAACAUAUUUUUUUAUUCAGUAAAAUGUGCCUUUAUAUUAAGUAUGUGACUCAGUAUAAAAUCACUGAAGUGUAUCAUGAUCUGAUUGUAUCCUGAACCAAGACUACUUACCUGAAUGCACCAGGAUUUAAAAAUAGUAGUGACAUGUUUUCACUCUAAAAUAAACUUUUUGAGGAAACAGUA